CCAGAGAUAAAUAGAAGCAGCCUCGACACGAGGCAGCAGUGCGCGUCCUGCUCCCCAGCCUUGCCCAGCUCAGCACCCGUGGCACUCACCAUGGCUCUGCGCCUCCUCCUGCCACUGCUCCUCCUGGCUGCUGCCCUCCUCAUCGCCCCGGCUCAAGGCAUUGGCAGCUCAGCCUCGGACUGCUGCCUGAAGCACAGCCGGAAAGCCAUCCCCAGCAACUUGGUGAAGUCCUACAGCCUCCAAGGACCCGAGCUGGGAUGUUUGCUGCGUGCUGUUGUGUUUACCACCAAGAAGAAUAAGAAAAUCUGUGCCUCACCCACCGACCCCGCCAUCCAGAAGUUGAUGCAGAACCUGGACAAGAAGGUGAAGAACGACAAGAAGGACAAGAAGAAGGGACAGUCCUCACGUUCCGGGGGCAGACCCAAGCGGCAGAAGCGGCAGCGGGUCUAAGUCAGGCCUGAAGAGGACGGAUGCCUUUCCCACUGAUGACUGACUCACUGCAAUGGACAAUCCACGGACCACCCGCCCGCCCACCAGCCCUGGGGUGAGGACGGGGCUGGCCGAGGGGGCUGCCUUCUGCUCCGCAGCCCCCUCGGUGCUGCUGUGCCUGCCGCAGAGAUCCCCCCAGCCGGGACCCCCUGCACCAGCUGGGUGCUCUCGGCGGCAGGGGCCACCCAGGUCCUCACUCGCCCCACAGCCAUGCUGGGGAGGACCUGGACCCAUGUGGGAGCUGAGCCAUGGCCCCGAGGGGUAGGUGGGCAGCCUUCCCACCAGAGGGGAUUUCUGUAGCCUGGCAGGAUGGCAGCUUUUCCUGUGACUUUUUGGGGGUUUUUUUAUACAUUUGUAUUUAUAUUUAAAGUCUCUGCUUUCAUUCAGUCUUCCUAGAGGGCUCUACUUCUAGCUCCUUGUGCUUCACAGAGUACCCUUUAUGCUGCAGGCUGGCUUUUCUGGAAGAUUGCUCUUAUUUUUCUACCAAAUAAAUGAUGGCUGCAUUUCAUUUCCCUCUCACCUGUUUGCUCCUUUUCAGCUUGCAGGGCUGUGGGGUGCCAGGCAGGUCCCAUGUUCCCCCCGGCCCUGCUUGGGCUGCUUGCUGGAGGCUUCCUCGCAGAGCAAUUAAUGACGGCUGAGAUGGAGAGUUAGGGAGCAGCGGGGGUGACAGUGUUGCUGUAUGUCUGCGCUGUUCUAGGCUUUCCCUUCGGCUUUUAUAGCACGCUGUUGCAAUGUAGUUUGGAAGAUGAUAGUCAGGAUUUGUCCCUUUGAUUUUUUUUUUUUAGGUACAAAAUUACAAUGAAAUCAGAACAAAUUGUUCAUUUUAGUGGAAUUUUACCCCUUUAUCCUCCUCUGCUGUUGUCAGAGAUUCAGACAUUAUUAAGUCAAAUACUUAGUCUUCUGAAAAAAAAAAAAAGAAAAAAAAGAAACAAAAAGAAACAAAAAAAAGAAACUCAUAUACUUUCUUCCCAAGUCUGAAAAGCUUAUGUGGUGAAAACUGCACAUGAGGCUGUGCAGACAAGGGAAUAGAAGACUUUGCAAAAUACGUUGCAGACAUGCUGCAGCCAUCUGACAGCAGCUCUAUCCCAAACCUUUAGUAAAAUGAGAGAUCACUUAACCCAAGGGCACCUUAAGGUGAAACUGCAAGUAGAGGGGGAACAGACUUCCAGGACAGGGUUGGUGAGGAACUGCUGUCUCCCUGUGCUUGCAAAUCCUCCAGCACGCUGAGAAGGAGUAAGUGGAAUGGCUCUACCGCAGCCACAGUGCUAUUUGCUUGCAGAGACUUCAGACGUGGACUUUGGUCAGUAAAGGUCUAUCAAGUCAUAUAAUUACAAUAAUAGGAUUUGCUGGGCUUAACAGUGUCAGCAAAGGCUGUGUGUUAGCUGGAGUAAAGCUUGUAGCUGGAUGUUUCUAUCAUGCACAUUUAUCUGGCUUGAUUGCUUUAUUAGGCAGGUGUUUAGGUGUAUUAUGUUAAGGCUGUGUAAAGAAACUGUGAAGUCCAAGAUACUGGCCCCGAGUACGGGACGAGUGCUGUGCUGGCUCCUUGCUGCCCUCUCCUCCACAUGGGAGGAUGCGGCCAUCUGCCAGACUGGCAUUUGGACAGGAUGUGAGGCAAUAAAAUAUAUCUUUUACUACCAAA